CAGUGUCCCUCAAUCCUGGGCCCAUCAUGGGAGGAUGCUUCUCCAAACCCAAACCAGAAAAAGAGGUGGACGGGCUGUCACCUAAUGGCAAAGCGAGUCCCUUUGCUGACUGCAGACCUAAUGGGGCCCUGGGACACGGCUCUGAUGACGACUCCACACCGCUGCCCCUCUACCACAAACCACGGGACUACGUGGAGGCCUCCGUCUGUCAUGUCAAAGAUCUGGAAAAUGGACAGAUGCGAGAGGUGGACUUGGGAAGUGGCAGAGCUUUGUUGAUCAAAGAACAUGGGGAGUUCUCAGCCAUGGGCCACAAGUGUCCUCACUACGGAGCACCCCUGGUCAAAGGUGUGCUGUCAAAAGGACACGUGCGCUGUCCCUGGCACGGUGCAUGUUUCAACAUUGCAACAGGAGACAUCGAGGACUUCCCCGGGUUGGACAGCCUGCCUACCUUCCAGGUCAGAGUUGAAAAGGACAAGGUCAUCAUUCGUGCAAACAAGCAGGCUCUUCAGUCGCAGAAAAGGUCAAAGCCCAUGGCCCGAUGUUCAGCAGUCAUUAACUCCAGCACGGGCUUCAGCCAUGUUCUCAUCAUCGGCUCAGGUCCAGCAGCUCUGGUGUGUGCAGAGACACUGAGGCAAGAGGGCUUCACCGAUCGCAUCGUCAUGUGCACCAUGGACAGACAUCCUCCAUAUGACAGGCCUAAACUGAGUAAGUCCCUAGACAGCACAGCAGAGCAACUGAGAUUACGCUCCAUGGACUUCCUGCAGGACCACGACAUUGAAUUGUUCACAGAGAAAGAGGCUGUGGCAAUAGAUGUCAAAACACGAUCUGUGACCUUUGAAGACGGCUUGAGGAUGGAGUACAGUAAACUCUUUAUUGCUACAGGAAGCAAACCCAAACCUAUGAACUACAAAGGCACAGACGUCAGGAACGUGUUUCACCUCAGGACGCCCGAGGAUGCUAACAGCAUAGCGAGGCUGGCCAACAACAAGAACGCUGUGAUUGUGGGAACAUCUUUUGUUGGUAUGGAGGUGGCUGCAGCUCUGACUGACAAGGCCCACUCAGUCUCCGUCAUUGGGAUUGAGUCACUCCCUUUUAAAAAAGCUCUCGGGGAGAAAGUAGGGAAAGCCAUAAUGAAGCUGUUUGAAGCAAACAGGGUGAAGUUCUACAUGCUGAAUGAGGUGUCAGAGAUGAUAGGCCAUCAUGGACAGCUGAAGGAGGUGGUACUGAAGAGUGGAAAAGUCCUGCGAGCUGACGUGUGUGUCAUUGGAGCAGGAUCUGUUCCUGCAACAGGCUUCCUAAAACAAAGCGGCAUCCACAUGGACUCCAAAGGCUUCAUCACUGUCAACAAGACGAUGCAGACAAAUGUUGAUGGUGUCUUCGCUGGAGGAGACAUGGUGACGUUUCCUUUCCCGCCGCGCAACAAUAAGAAGGUGAACAUCCCUCACUGGCAAAUGGCUCAUGUGCACGGAAGAGUGGCAGCUCUCAGCAUGAUGGGCAGAGCCACUGAGAUUAAAACUGUGCCUUACUUCUGGUCAGCCAUGUUUGGGAAGACCAUACGCUAUGCAGGUUACGGUGAUGGAUUUGAUGAUGUCAUUAUACAAGGAGAUCUGGAUGAGCUCAGAUUUGUGGCGUUUUAUACCAGGAGUGAGGAGGUGGUUGCUGUUGCCAGCAUGAACUAUGAUCCUAUUGUGUCCCGAGUGGCAGAGGUCUUAGGGUCUGGAAAGACGAUUAAGAAACGAGAUGUGGAGACUGGAGACAUUUCCUGGUUGAUUGACAAAGGCUCUCAAUGACUUCACAUCUGGAGGUUCCCGAGGACAGACCUAAAGUGCACUGGACACCUCAAUAUGGACACUUUAUGGUGCUGAGACACUGAGCAGCUAACCCCGGUCUGGACACUCACACACACACACACACACACACACACACUGAGGACACACUUUACGGACUGCGUCUGUUUCAGACACACUUCCCCCGAGGACGACACUGAAACUUGCUGUUGUUCCUGAGAGACACUCUGAUGUGACGAACGGAGCCAUGUGCAGUCUGAAUACACUGAAUCACUGUGUUGGCAGGUCAUUUCUGACCACAGUUGUCAUGUUUCACAACAAAGCAAUAUUGGAUUCAGCCUUUGUGCUGCUGCAAGAUGUAUCUACCUGUACACUUUGUUUAUAAGAAGCCAGGGAUGGGCAUUGACAUUUUUUUUGUACAAAUAACAUUGUAUAUAGCUAUAAUCCUGAAUGCACUGUAACAAGAUAAGAACAUACAAUUUGAACUGAAUUUUUCUAAGUUUUAAAUAACAGAUUUGGUUGUAUGCUUGCAUACAGACCUUAGAUCUGCAUGGUAUAACUUGCUGUAAAAGGAAAAAUUAAGCCCCUAAAAUAGUUUUUAAUCUAGAAGCAUCUGCAAACAAAGCUUAAAUCUGCAACAAGAAACUGCAUAAUCACUUGCAGCUGAACCCUGAAUGCAGCUUUAACAGACUAACACACACAAACACGCACACAUGCAGCUUUAAUUGGUAAUAAAUUACAGUUUUUUAGGAUUAAAACAUACCUCUUCUUAUUGGUCGCCUUGCUAGUAGAUUGCACAAAUAAAAUUCUAAUCAUACUUUGAUUACACACUAGUGCUUGCACAAUAGAAAUAUGUAUUUUCUAACAAAUGGCAUCCCUGCAACAAGAUUAAUGCAGUAGUUGCUUGAGGUAAUUUUUGAUAGCUGUCACCUCCAUAGGAAUAUUCUUUGUUACUAACUCAGGGAACUGAGGUUUGUGGCCUGGGGUUACUGGUCCUUUUGAAAGCAGAAAUGGAUUUGUAACUUUAAUAUUUUACCCAGUUAUUGUAAUUUCACUUUCAUUCAGAAAUGCUUGUGAUGUGCUUUGGGGUAAAGCAGAUGCUUGAUUACAUCCUGGUGUGCUGAAAAUCCCCAAAAUACUUGAGCCCUGACACACAUAUGUUAAAAAAAAGCAUUGUUCUUCCUACAGAGAAGGCGGGAGUGGCAUUUUUAUAACUAAAACUUUGAAAUAAAAGUCUUCCAACAAUAUCUA